CUUAUCGUAUGUCUUGCCAGGGGAACGAACCGCGGUAUCUCUCAUCGCGUCUCAUCUCAUCUCUGUUCCCGUGACGUUUCCAAGAAACCGGAGAGGGAUUAGAGCUCGAGAGCUUUCGUCGCCCUCCGUCUAGUGUUUGGGGUUUUCUUCGGAUCGAAUCGGAGAGGAGGGCGCGAAGGGGGCAGGGAGGCGGAGGCGAGAGGAAGAGCGAUGGCGAUGAGGGAUCUUGUCACCGGCGGGGCGGCGUGCGCUGUCCCCGGCACCGCCGCCUCGUCUUCGAAUCCUUUCGGCGCCCUCGCGAACGCGAUUCUUGGAUCGUCAUCCAAGACCCAGGAGUUGAAAGGAUUACCUGGAUCAGCAGUCAAUGUGCCUGGUCCGUCGUCCGACUUCAGAACUGGAGCUCCUUUGACAACAAUUCCAGGCUUAGAGACUGAGGGUCAACAGCAUCAUCAACCAGUUGGGCAGAACUAUGAGUUCCUUGCUGGUUUCCGCACUGCUGACCAUGGGGUCCUUGCUGAUGCUUGGAAUGAAAUUCAUCAACCUCCAGCUCUUCAAACCCAGGGUGGAAAGAUUGAAGCUCAGUUCCAGGAGUUUGAACAAAUCUACAAUCGUGGUGCUAAUUCUAUGCUUCCACCAGCUUGGGAUGGGCCACCACAAGGAGUUUUAUCUAGAUUUCUCCACUCCUUUGUUGAUAGUGGUCGUGCAGGUGUUCCAUUUCGUCCUGCAGCAUUACCAGUUCUUGGGUUAUCUGAAGGUGACAAACAAUGCAUACGUGACCGUAGCUUCAUAAUGGCACACCAUAUUUUUGCUGAUAAAAGUGAAGAGUACAUUAAUGCACAGGUAAAUGCUUUGUUACACUCUCUAGAUAUUGAUGGCAAUGAGCGGCUUAGGGGACCUAUACGUGGAUCAUAUCCAGAGCUGGAGGAAUAUUGGACUGAGUCUCAAGGUGCCUUCAGAUCUGGGAUGCCUAAUCCUGCUGAUAAAUGGGUUUCAGAAUUUGCUCGACAAAGGGAAAAUGGAGAUCCAGAGGCAUGGGCCCACUCCUUUGAACAACUACAUGGCACCAAUGGUUGGGCAUCAGAGUUUGAGCAUGAACAAUCUCAGUUGGCAUCGGUUGGUCAGGUGAGAGGUGCAAAUAUGUCUCAUAUAGCAGCCAUGGAACAAUCACGUAUGCUUGCACAUACAUUAGCGCAAAAUACUGAUCCAAAAUUUCAGAACUCAAAGUUCCUCCAGUUUGUAUCAAAGAUGAGCCGUGGUGAGCUAAUAGUUGAUGAGAAUCAAAUCAAACCAGCUACUGGUUCCCUCACUGAUAAUUGGGCUGAUGAAUAUCAAGCACAGUAUAAUGCUGGUUCUAGUACUUGGGCUGAUCAAUUUGUGCACCAAGACCUUCCACAAGGAACAGAUAAGUGGGUAAAUGAGUUUGUUAAGGAAAAUCAGCAGCAGGGAGUUGAUGAUCAGUGGGUUAAUGAGUUCUCCAAAUUGCACGUCCAAGACUGGGCGGAGGAAUUUGGACAGCAGGUUGCUGAAGGGGCUCUAGGAGACAGUACUGCUGAUGAUUGGGCAAAUACGUAUGAAAAUUUCUUGGAUGAACAACUGUUGGCUUCCAAACAACACUCUGGUGCUUCUAGAGGAGUUUAUGUAUUUUCUGAUAUGAAUCCUUAUGUUGGACACCCCAAUCCUUUGAGGGAAGGGCAGGAGCUCUUCCGCAAAGGCCUUUUAAGUGAAGCUGUUCUUGCACUAGAGGCUGAAGUAUUGAAGAAUCCUGACAAUGCUGAAGGCUGGAGGUUGCUUGGAAUAACACAUGCAGAGAAUGAUGAUGACCAACAGGCUAUAGCAGCCAUGAUGCGUGCUCAAGAAGUUGAUCCCACAAACCUUGAAGUUCUUCUUGCUCUUGGUGUGAGUCAUACCAAUGAACUAGAGCAACCAGAGGCAUUGAGGUAUCUUUACAAGUGGCUCCAAAAUCAUCCAAAAUAUGGAGUUUUAGCUACUCCAGAGCUUGCAGAUUCUCCAUAUUAUGGUGAUGUUGCUAGGUUGUUCAAUGAGGCAGCUCAAAUGUCACCUGAGGAUGCUGAUGUCCAUAUAGUUCUUGGAGUCUUGUACAACUUGUCGAGAGAUUAUGAUAAAGCCAUAGAAUCCUUCCAGACAGCAUUAAACCUCAAGCCUCGUGAUUACUCUCUCUGGAACAAACUUGGUGCUACCCGAGCAAAUAGCAUCCAGAGUGCAGAUGCCAUACUGGCAUACCAACAGGCAUUAGACUUAAAACCCAAUUAUGUUCGUGCAUGGGCAAACAUGGGUAUAAGCUAUGCCAAUCAGGGUCUAUAUGAAGAAUCUAUCCGGUACUAUGUUAGAGCGCUAGCUAUGAAUCCCAAAGCAGAUAAUGCCUGGCAAUAUUUGAGGAUUUCUCUCAGCUGUGCGUCUCGGAAUGACAUGUUUGAAGCUUGUGACUCGCGAAACCUUGAUAUUCUUCAGAAAGAGUUUCCUCUAUGA